AUGUCUCGGAACAUCGUGAUUCUCGGAGCCGGGGUGACAGGUCUGACAACGGCUCUGCUGCUCGCACGUGAUGGCACCAAUAACAUCACCGUGGUUGCAAAGCACAUGCCUGGAGACUAUGAUAUCGAGUAUGCCUCCCCUUGGGCCGGUGCAAACUACUUGCCUGUUGCGAAACCAGGAACGCCAUCUGAGAGCUAUGAGAGGAAUACAUGGCCAGAGCUUGCACGCUUGGCACAAGAUCUGCCAGAGUCUGGCAUUCACUUCCAAGAUUCCGUCAUCUAUCGACGAACCAAAGACACCGGUACAGCAGUCGGCGACUGGGUUGCCGAACUUUUGAAAGAAGAUGCCUGGUUCAAAGAUGUCGUACCAAACUUCCGGGUACUGGCAAAGUCCGAUCUGCCAGAAGGUAUAGACGGAGCUACAGGUUUCACUUCCGUCUGUAUCAACACAGCUCUCUACCUUCCUUGGCUGGCAUCCCAAUGCCUGAAGUAUGGCGUGGUUAUACAACGUGGCAUCGUUUCCCACGUUGCUGAAGCAGUCAAACUACACCACACCGGCAGACGUGCUGAUAUGGUAGUCAACUGCACGGGGCUGUUCUCGCUCCACUUAGGCGGCGUCGAAGACAAAGCAGUGUACCCAGCUCGAGGCCAGAUCGUUAUCGUCCGCAAUGACCCUCACAUCAUGGCGUCAGUCUCUGGCACGGAUGAUGGCCCGGACGAGGCUACUUAUAUCAUGCAUCGAGCAGCCGGAGGUGGUUGCAUCCUAGGCGGCUGUCUGCAAAAAGACAACUGGGAAAGCCAAGUUGAUCCCAAUCUGGCCAUUCGAAUCAUGAAGCGAGCAAUCGCCUUGUGCCCGAAACUAGUCCCGGAAGGCAAGGGCAUCGAAGCAUUGAGUAUUAUUCGACAUGGCGUGGGACUGCGACCUAUGCGUACUGGCGGACCGAGGGUCGAGAAGGAGGUCAUCGAAGGCGUCAAGGUGGUACAUAACUACGGGCAUGGAGGCUAUGGGUAUCAGACCUCUUAUGGUGCUGCACAGGUUGCGAAGGAGCUUGUCGAUGAGUCGCUGCCAUCGACACUGGCGAAGCUGUAA